AUGGUAUCCUUAGCAAAAAAUCUGAAUCACAGGUCUAAAAAAGACAAAGUUAAAGCAGGAGUAAAACCAGAUACUUCUGAUCAAGAACCAGAGGGACUGACGCUUUUGGUCCCAGACAUCCAAAAGACUGCAGAGAUAGUUUAUUCUGCUACCACCAGUUUGCGCCAAGCAAACCAAGAGAAGAAGAUGGCUGAAUACUCCAAAAAGGCUGCUGUGAAGCCCAAGCCUUUGUCUGUUUUACGGUCUCUUGAAGAAAAGUAUGUGGCUGUUAUGAAAAAACUCCAGUUUGAUACAUUUGAAAUGGUUUCUGAAGAUGAUGAUGGAAAAUUGGUUUUUAAAGUAAAUUACCACUACAUGUCUCAGGUAAAAAAUGCAAGUGACGCCAACAGCGCUGCCAGAGCCCGACGUCUUGCUCAAGAAGCUGUGACUCUUUCAACGUCGCUGCCUCUCUCAUCUUCAUCCAGCGUUUUUGUACGUUGUGAUGAGGAACGGCUUGACAUUAUGAAG